GAAAGAUCCCCGUCACCACCUAUGCCGACCGGAUGGGCGCGCGCACCGGCGGUGACGAGGGAUGGAGCUGGAGGAGGAGGCCUAGCCCCGGCAGUUAGGUUUGCGCCCUCGCUCGCUCUAAGGAGCGCCGCGAGGUGGUACGAGGUUAGCAAGCUACUUGUCCCUGGAUCAGGUGCACGUCUAAAAUGGAAGAUAUUUUCACUUCCCAGUCUCUGCACCAACUAGGAUGCACAUAACCAUUUUAGUACGAGUACCAUGAUAAACAUGGUCCUCAAUUUUUUUUAAAUGAGUAUCAAGAUAUUUCUUCAUGAGUGGUUUCACCACACACCAAGCUUGAUUCUUAAUAAAUGGGAGAAAAUCACUGUGCAUCACUUGUCAAUUCUAGGAAUUGAACUCGGGUUGUUAGGCUGCACAAGCGCAUGCCAGCCACUGAGCCAAGACUCCUUUUGCACAGAUCUCAACCUGGAGCCAAGACUCCUUUUGCACAGAUCUCAACCUGGAGCGACAAACUCGCUUAGGCAGGUGCUGGUAGCUAGUAGGCCUUGCUCCUAUCAUCCAACGUUGAUCAUGGUUCGACCACAGGUGGGUUUACAUUUCGGUUCGGGUAGCUCUCUCCCUAGCUCAUUGCUUGUCGAAACGACUGUUCGAAACCUACUACUACCAGCGGUUCGAUUACUGAACCCAAAAGUCCAACAACUGUAUGGACCAAACUUGCGCUCUAAAACCAGCUUCAGCUGAUCUUCGAAGAGGCUGUCACUUGGUAAGCAAGCGGGGCUGAGAGUAAGAGGCGCUGCUAGUUUGAGGUUUGCACUAAUCUUGUGUCUACGGUAGAUGAGUGUUUUCGUCGAGUAGAGGUUUUAGGGCGUGGAAAGCCAAGGAUCUGACCACUACCGGGUUAUAGACAAGCACGUAUGCCACCUCGGCACCCUCCAGUGUCCAAUAUGGCAGUUUCGCCGCAGGUCUCAACCUGGAUCGCCGAACUCGCUUAGGCAGGUUCUGGCUGGUAGUAUGCCUCACUCCCUCCUAUCAUCUUGCAUGUAUCUACCUGUGAUGGCUUCCCCGGGAGCGAUGAGCGUUUCUCUAAAACCCUGAUGCUCACCAAUGCUCGCUGCAUCCUAGGCAUUUUGUACUGUAUAUUCUUUUCGCUGCCAGGUGCCAGCGAACAUUGAUACUCACUGCAUCCUAGCUAGACACCGUAUAUCUGUCAAUUCCUCUUAAAUUACUGGAAAAAAAAGAUGGAUAACACCUACUAUACUCCAGCGGUUUGAUUACUGAACCAGAAGACAAAAAGCUGUAACCAAGCUUAAACUACUCCACGCGCUUAGCAGCAUGUGCAAGGCACUUCACAUGACUCCACGCACUUUCCGGCAGCGGUUUGCACUGAGGCGGCACAUUCACCGAAACUACGUACACACACACUCUGCUAACUACUCCCUCUUUCCAUAAUGUUUUUUGACACUAAUGUAGUGUCGAAAAAUGUCUUAUAUUAAGUAACGGAGGAAGUAAAUUAAUACCCAUACUAACACAAGUGCAUAUAGAGCUGCCUUGGUAUGGGUAUGCAUUUCUGAUAAGCGUGGAGUUUUUCUCUUAGUUGCAAGCUUUAUUCUUUUGGUUGUCUAGUUGCUGAUGCCUGAAUGUUAUAGUAGGACAUCUGGGGGCUGGAUGGAAUCUGAAGAAUACUUGAUCUGUUUUAUUGGUUUUCUUUCAUGCAAUGAAAUGAAAUUGGGGGCAUGCCCCUCAAUUCAAAAUAUAUAUAUAUAUAUAUAUAUAGAGCUGCCUUAGCACACCAAGCAUACAGCUGUUAAGUAUUGAUCCAAACAAAAAAUAUAUAUACAAGUCAUAGAGAUGCGUACGGCUCUUCAGUAAAAAAAUGAACACACACAAGGACUGAGCAUAGAGUUGCUGUCUUGAUGCAAUUACCAAGGUCCGAUCCAGCACCCAAACUUCAGCAAGCAAGAUCCCAUCACGCACCUCGCCCUCGUCUGCCUACCAGUCUUCCUCCCAGCACCUUCAACCCAACACCUACGUAUUGAGAGGCGGCGGCCAUGGCGACCCUCGGUGGCAUGCUGGCCGCUGCCAUCCUCAAGGUGGUGGGCGACCAGAUUGGUUCUCUGAUCGGGGGUCAGAUCGCGCUGCAGAUGAACUUGAACAACGACCUGAAGAAGAUGAAGAUGGCGCUGGAGAGUGUCGAUGCCGUGCUCGAAGAUGCCGAGAGGCGGUCCAUCACGGAUAAAUCGACACGUCUUUGGCUAAAGCGGCUCAAGGACUUCAUGUAUGUCAUCCCGGACAUGAUUGAUGAGUUCGAAGCAGACACACAAGCCAUCACCCAGCCAUCUGCGCGCAAGUUCUCCUUCAAAAAAUAUUUGGCGUUCAUGAUCCCUUGUCUCACAAUUGGCCCCAACAUUACAAUGGCCAAUAGGAUGAAGAACAUGAGGGAUGACCUGAAGGUCAUAACAGAUCAACACAAGGAAUUCAAGUUAACAGAUCGCACUAAUGCCAAUGAGCCAAAGGUGACUGAUAUACGGGAAACAUCAUCAACCCUGGAGACACAAAUCAUUGGGAGGACUGAGGAGAGAGAUAUAAUAUUGGCUUCUUUAUCUGAGAGCAUGACAAAGGAUAUCACAAUCCUUCCUAUAUAUGGCAUUGGAGGCCUUGGCAAGACAACCAUGGCAAAAAUGGUUUACAAUAGUUCCCAAUUCAAUGAAUACUCUCAAGUGUGGGUUUACGUGUCUCAGACAUUUGAUUUGAUCAAAAUUGGGAACUCUAUAAUAUCACAGCUAUCAGAGAAAGAUAAAGAGAGUGGGUACACUGGAAAGCAGAUGAUCCGUAAUUCCCUUGAAAAGCUCCUUGCCAACAAGAAGAUUCUGAUUGUUUUAGAUGACCUGUGGGAAGACGACAUAUCUCAGUUGGAAGAACUGAAAGAUAUGUUAAAAGUUGGGGAGAGCAAUAAGGUGGUUGUUAUAGCAACCACACGGAGUGAAGGUAUUGCAAAGAAGAUGUCUACCAUCCAACCAUAUAAAUUAGCACCCUUGACUGAUGAUAUGUGUUGGUCUAUUAUAAAGCAAAAGAGUGCAUUUGAAUCUAGAGGUGACAAAGAACAAUUGGUGGAAAUAGGCAAGGUCAUUGCAAUGAAGUGUGCGGGUGUGGCUUUAGCAGCUAAAUCACUUGGACACACGCUGCAAUCUAUGAAGUCUGGUCAAUGGGAAUCAGUGAGAGAUAGUAAUAUCUGGACUGCACCUUCUUUGGAAGAUACAUCUUCUACACAAGUUCUUGCAUCUCUGAAGUUGAGCUAUAGUGUUUUGCCUUCGUAUCUGAAGCUAUGCUUUGCCUAUUGUGCAAUAUUUCCAAAAGGUCACAAGAUACUUAAAGAUGAUCUUGUUCGUCAGUGGGUUUCUCUUGGUUUCUCUUCCUGGGAACUCGGCGAGAGAUACAUUAGUCAGCUUUUGGGCCUUUCUUUUCUUGACCACUUCAAGUCAUCAUCGACUUUUGAGCUAUAUGAUGAAGAUGUUAUAUUGUUCACCAUGCAUGACCUGGUGCAUGAUUUAGCAAGAUCGGUCAUGGACGAUGAAAUUCUUUUUGUUGGCAAAAGCACUAAUGCUGCAGAAAGCCGCUACCACUAUGCAUUGCUCGAUGAUUGUAACAAGCCUUUGGGAUCGGACUUGUCCAAGAUAAGAGCGUUGCGUUUUAUGGAUUGUGACAAAUAUGAACUUCAUGAUGCUGCAUUUUCAUCUGCCAAGUCUUUGCGUGUCUUGGACUUAAGUGAGUGCGCCAUAUAUACGUUGGCGGAUUGUAUUGGUGAACUCAAGCAAUUGAGAUAUCUUAAUGCUCCAAGUGUCCAAGAUGCAAAGAUUCCAGACACUAUCACCAAGCUCUCAAAAUUGAUUUAUCUGAAUCUUCAUGGAUCUCCUACAAUCUUAGCAUUACCAGAGGCAAUUGGAGAAAUUGAGAGUCUAAUGUAUCUUGAUUUGUCAAGUUGUUCGGGAAUCACAAAACUGCCAGAAUCAUUCAGGAGGCUACAAAAACUGGCGCAUUUGGACUUAUCAAAUUGCUCUUCUGUGGGAGGAAUAUCAGUGUUCUUGGAGAGUCUCACACAGCUAGAGUAUUUGAACUUAUCAUACUGCCCAAAUAUCGGAGAUAUACCAGAAGUUCUGAGCGGCCUAUCCAAACUGCAGUAUUUGAACUUAUCAAACAGCUCAUAUCUUGAAUGUGGUAAAGAAGCAGAAUUUUUGGGUGCCCUCACCAAACUCGAGUAUUUGAACUUAUCUUCAAGGAAAUGUGGACUCAAGAAGUUCCCUGAAUCUUUGGGCGGAUUCAGUCAACUCAAGUACUUAAACUUAUCAGGUUGGCGAUAUAUGAAAAAAUUGCCAAGAUUAUUUGGGAGUCUGAAGAAUCUGCUCCAUCUUGACUUAUCACAUUGUUAUAUGGCUGAUGGAGUACAUGAUGCUUUGGUCGGUUUUACCAGUCUGCAACAUUUGAAUUUACAAUAUACACAGCUCAGUUUGCUGCCAGAUGAUCUGACCAAGCUCCGGUAUUUAAAUCUCUCUAGACUAAGAAACAUACCGCCAGUAGAUUCCUUGGAUGAACCGCACAUAGAUGAAUUUGGUGUUCUCCUUGCAAAAACCUGGGACAUUCUCCUCAACCAGAUAUGCAGAAUUGAUCUUUCAGAGCUAGAGCAUUUGGACUUGUCUGGAAAUUAUGGUAUGGAAGGAAUACCUGAAAGUAUUUGUAGCCUGACAAAACUUCACACAUUGGACCUCUCGGGAUGCACAGAUUUGAAGAAAAUACCUGAAAGUAUAUGUACAGUUGGUAGCUUGAAGUUUCUUUAUUUAGAGAAUUGUUACGAUCUUCCAAAAAUACCUCAACUCGGUAGCAGUGCAAUAUCGUUACCACACUUUGUGGUGCGUGCUGGUAAUGAUGGAUCUAGCAGCAAUCUUGUCCUGCUAAAGUCCACAUAUCCUUCUGAGCUGGAGAUAACUAAACUUGAAAAUGUGAAGUCCGCAUGAGAGGCACAUAGUAUAAAAUUAAUGGAAAAGCAAAGCAUUCGGGAGUUGAAACUGGAGUGGACUCAAGGUGUUGAGAGAUUUGUGGAUGACAAAAUGUUGCUGGAAAAACUAGUGCCACCAAGGACAUUGAGGAAGUUGGAGAUAAGUGGUUAUAACAGUGUCAUCUUUCCAGGCUGGGUAGUGGGCCAACUACCAAACCUGAACUCACUGGUUCUCAGAGAUAUGGCAAAUCUGGAAGAGUGGGACACUUCAUACUCCACCGGUGAGGAGAACGUGUUAACAAGAGUGCAAAUACAUGGUUGUCCCAUGCUAACGAUGAAAGGGCCUCUGCCUAAAGCUAAGGAAUGGGAGAUAACAUGCAGUGAUAAUGUGUUAUCAUCAUGGGAUGAGUGCAUUGUGUCACACACCAGUCCUUCCUCCUCUUCUUCAGUAACUACUAUGCUGUCAGUUAGAGACUGCAAGGGGCCUCUGCAUGAGUGGAGGUUGCUUCGACACUUCCCCGGACUCCCUUCUUUGUCUAUUGCCAAUUGUGGCGAUCUAACCGGCUCACCAGAUAUCAUCCAACUACUAUCCUCUUUGGAGGAACUAUGGCUACAAGACGAAGACAUGGAAGAACUGCCAAUAUGGUUGGGCGAGCUCCCAUCCCUAAAGAAACUGAUUAUAAUGGGUAGCCAUGGUGUAAAGGAGUUGAAUGAGAACAUGAGGCAACUCACAAAGCUUGAAACGCUAGAACUGGAAUUCUGCAAUAGCAUAUCUGUAGUGCCACAGUGCCUAGGCGAAUUGACCUCUCUCAAGAAUCUUUGGAUAUCUAACAAUGGAGUCUUGAGGUCGUUGCCGGCAAGCAUACAACAACUCACCAGCCUCCAGGAAAUAAAAAUUAUUAAGUGCGAUGCAUUAGAGCACGUGGUUGCUGAACCAGAGGAGGGAAAGAUGAAGCUGGCUGACGACCAAGAAAGGGAAUCUGCCCUGCCCACCUCUCUAAAGAGACUUUGUCUGAGUGGAUGUGAUGGUAUCAAGUCUUUUCCUGAGGGAAUACAUCAACUCACUAACCUACAGGACCUAGAAAUAACUAGGUGCUCUGGACUAAAGGAAUGGUGUGAAUUAGAGGAGACCAAGACCAAAUUGGCUUGCAUAGAAACGAAGUGGAUUAGCUUCUAGACAGUGCAUAUACUGCACACCCAGGUUGCAAAAUGAAGGGCCUGAAUCACCCUGCAAGAUUUUGUUCUGGAUGAUUCAAAUUGACGAUGUACUUGAAGGAGGACCACGUCAGGAGCAAGGGAAUUGCGAGCUGUGGCGAUGGGAAACUUGUUUGCAAGGUUGCAGCAUGGAACUCUGAGGCUGCAGGUUAUUACCUCCACUAGCUAGUGUUCUGUUCUACAGAAUAUCGAAGGUCUCAACCAAGUCCUUUGUACUUUGUGCUUAGUUUGCAUAGUUUUGUAUACUGCGUCGAUCACUGUACUAGUUUUGUACUAGUAGUAUGUUUCACCAGAGACACAGACACAGAUGAUUGUAGAACUUGUAUGUUAGUGGCUUGUAUUCAUUCGGUCCUGGUGAGCGUGAAUUCUUUAUUUGGCCCUUUCUUAAAAUUUACU